UACCACUUACAACUCAACCUUAUAAGACACCAGACACCCUAGCCUCUUCUUCCCCAUCAGCAACCUCUAGCCACGAUGGUGGAGAAGGAGCAGGCAAGACCGCUAGCCCCAGCCGGCUACCGCCCCAGCAGCGAUGACAAUGAAGCCGCCCUCCACAUGAAAAUAGCUCGACGAAAGAAGUUCAUCAACUGCUGCGGGUGCAUAACGGCCAUAGUGCUAAUCCAAGCCGUGGUGAUCAUCAUCCUAGCUUUCACUGUGUUCCGAGUCAAGGAGCCGAAGAUCAUGAUGAACAAAGUCACAGUCACGAAGCUCGAGCUCGUCAAUGGCACCACCCCCAAGCCGGGCACCAACAUCUCGCUAACGGCUGAUGUUUCAGUGAAGAAUCCGAACGUUGCUUCGUUCAAGUACAGCAACACCACCACCACGCUGUACUAUCACGGCACGGUGGUUGGGGAAGCUAGGGGACCUCCGGGACGAGCUAAGGCCCGACGGACCAUGCGGAUGAACAUCACGGUGGAUAUCAUCACUGACAUCCUCACCACAAACCCGAACCUGAAGACGGACGUGGGUUCGGGGCUAUUGACGAUGAGCAGCUAUUCUAGGAUUCCGGGAAGGGUGAACAUGUUGAAUAUAGUGAAGAAGCAUGUGGUGGUGAAGAUGAACUGUACUAUGACGGUUAAUAUUUCUAGCCAGGCGAUUCAAGAACAAAAGUGCAAGAGGAAGGUUAGUCUCUAGGUGUGUGUUUCAUUUGUACUACGUUUAUUGCAAUUCAUGCAUCACUUGAUCAUUUUACAUCGUUCAAAUCUUUUGCAGCAAUGAUCUAUGUAUACGUGAAAAAAAGUUGUUUACUAUAAGUAUGAUCGAUUUUACUUCUCUUGUAUUUGAUCUGUAUUUUACCAAAUUAAACCAAUCUCAGUGAACGUAGCUUUUCUACUUUCACAAUCAUCCAUCAAUUUAAGCGACUACGACAUAUGUAUCAUCAUAUGUGACACACAUUUGGAAUUUAGAAACCCGAAACUGUCGCUUCCACUUUUCUUUUUGUUGAAGCAUUUCAUCAAGC